AUGUCGGAGAGCUGGAUGUGUGGAUGUAGGGAGUUCCAGAGCCUCGGGGCAGUGCAGCUGAAAGCCCUGACACACAUGGUGCUGAGGCGGUUCGAGAUGGUUUCGUCAUUAUGGCUGGCAGGGGCACUCUGCUGUCUGACGCUGCUCCCAGACCUGCUGGAGGCCAAAUCUUUGUUAAACACCAUCAAGCAGGAAGAGAUGGUACCUGUCAGUAACAUUGGUAUUGACUCAGAGAAAGCAAACGCCUUUCUGACUCACUCCAGACCGAAGCGUAACGCAGACCCAAGGUGGUACAGAGGAAACCCAGACUUCCAGGCUUACUACCGCUACUACAGCAGCAUCGGACACACUGAGGGGCUCUAUGAAAUCGACAAGCUGCGGAUGCUCUACCAGCAGAUGAGGUACCUGGAGCACACCUACGGCCCCAACGCCUCCUAUUUCCAGAGCAAACUGGGCGUGCCAAUGAUCAUGUGCGACCCAGCCACAGACAAGAAGUGCAAAGUCGUUCCUCCUCCUCCUCCGAUGAAAGGAGUCCCAAAGCCCACAGAGCCCCCAGCGACCCCUCCUCCUCUCCCUCCUGCUCCAUCCAUCUCCCAGGCUGACGUGCUCUACCUGUGCAACAAGAAAGACCCCCUCUGUAAGCCCCACAUCGUCUACAUGCCCACCGGCUCCGUGCCUGUGCUCUGCGACCCCCGCUACCACCCCCACUGCACCCCUCAGAAAGCUCCAGCUCCCGUCGCAGUGCCCCAACUUCCUCCCCCUCCACCGAAGAAGUCCGCUCCGCCUCCACCUCCACCGGUCCUCGUCAAGAAGACUGUCCCAGUCCCCAUCCGCACCUUCAAGGGCAUGGAGUACGACUGUGACCCCUACUGGGACCCCGACUGCCUGAUUGACCACCCACCCAGGCCCAUGAAGGGGAAGGUGGUGGUCCCCCCGCCGCCGCCACCACCCCCUCCUGUGGAGGAGGAAAAGGAAGAGGAACCAGUGGAAGAGCCAGCUCCCCCUGCUCCCCCCAUCGAGAAGAAAAAAACCCUCGGCUACCCUUACCCUUACUUUUACCCUGUGCCCUACGACCCCCGGGAUGAUCUGUACGACCCGGUCCGCUUCCAGUACCCACAGCCUGCUGCUGCCGCAGACGAGCCUGCAGAGUCAGGCCACAGUCAGUAA